AUGACUACUGAACAACACGAAUAUCUAGUGGAUAAUUGUCUCCAACAACUCAAGAAUAUCGAAAGUGAUUACAAGAAUGAUAAUGUUCAAAUAAGAAUACGACAGAAAGAAUUUUAUGCACCUCAAUAUCGAAUCGAAGCAAUUAAACAACAUAUCAAUGAACUCAUAUAUCAAUCAACUACAUUUACAAUUCAAAAGCUUGAAAAUUCUGUUUGCUUAACUGAUGAUGACAGUGCAAGAUUGAAUGAAAUUGCUAAAAAGCAUUGUUGUCGUAUAGAGAGAAUAGAAUCGAAUGUUGAAAUGCAGAUUCACCCGAUACCGAAAGCAUUAAUAACAACUUCAGCAACAUCAAGCCUAUUUAUUCAACAAUCGAAUACAUUCUGUUCAUCAUUGUCAGUAAAAAAAAUGUCAGUAUUGAAUGGUUCAAUAGAAGUAUACACUCCUGAUUAUUCCAUGCCAUGUUCGGUAAGUAAACAAAUCUUCUGGACUAAACUAUGCGUAUUCCCGAUUCAGAAGGAUAUUACUGUGAUUUCUACGGAUGCAGGAGCGCUUCAAGAACGUAUUGAAACUGCACUUGAAAAUGGAUUCUUCGACACAUCUUCAGGUAGAAAAAUUAUAUUUUGUCGCUGGCCACAUCGCGCCUCAACGGAUAGUAAAGCGGUUGUAAAAUUAAAAAGAUUUAUUGGAAAAUUUAUAUCAUAUGUCGCAGAAACGAUCACAACUAAUUGUCCUGAUGCUGAAAAGAUUGAAUUUUCAACAUGUGGUUGGGAGAGUUUAAAUACUGAGGCGCAGUUUGCUGAAGAACUUAUUAUUGAAAUGAAACGAGUACUUGAAGUCCGUAGAUCACGUUGGAGAUUUUUGUUGAUUUUCAAUCAUAGACAGAAUCAACUAUGUAAAGAAUUUCAUCAAGCAAUGGUACGAUUGCAGUCUGAUGAAGAUGGUUUUGUUCAAUUCCCUUGCUCGGUAUCAAGUAUGUAUUCAUUAUCCCUUACAGAACAUUCACGAAAACUAAUUUUUUUAUGGAUUUUGAACAAUUGA